AUGAUUUUCUCAGCAAAAGCUAUCGGCAUUGGAGCCCUUCUCUCGGCGGUCCCAGUCUGUGCUGCCUCAUACUCCCAGCUCAAAGUAUACGAUAGCACCAACUUUUUCGAUGGAUUCAACUUCACCAGCGACCCGGAUCCAUCUGGUGGCUUUGUGAAGUAUGUGGACGCCGAAACUGCCAAAAGUUCUGGCAUGGCCAAGAUCAGCAACGGCGCAGUCUACCUUGGUGCCAACUUUGCGGAUAAGAGUCCCAAUGGCCGCCCUUCCACCCGGGUGAGGUCCAAGGAUGUCUUCACCACUGGCCUUUUCGUUGCCGACAUUGCCCACAUGCCGGCUGGUACUGGGAAGGGUGGCUCCUGCGGUAUCUGGCCUGCCUACUGGACUUCUGGACCUGACUGGCCCAACUCUGGCGAGAUCGAUAUCAUCGAGGGCGUCAACAACCAGAAAGCUAACGGCAUCACCCUGCACACAGCAAAGGGGUGCAACAUGGAUGUCACCGGGUCGGAGUCGACAGCAGACCAGACUUCCGCUGACUGUGAGAAUGCCGACGCAGGCUGUGCUCAGGCCACCACAUCGGCCAACAACUACGGCGCUGCCUUCAACGCCAAUGGAGGCGGUGUCUAUGUUACCGAGUGGGCAAGCCUUUCCAUUAAUGUGUGGUUCUUCCCUCGCGGCAGCGCCGGAGCUAACGCGGUGCUCAAUGCCGGCACUGCGGACUUGGAUGUGGCGAAGUUCGGCACCCCCUUGGCUACCUUCACGCCCAAUACUUGCAACUUGGCCGAAAGGUUCAAGGACAACUACAUUAUCUUCAACACCAACUUCUGCGGAGGCUGGGCUUCACGGGAGUUCUUGAAAGAUACGAAAUGCACUAGCAUGGCCGCUACCUGCAAUGAUUGGGUUGCAAAUAACCCAGCCGCCUUCAACGAGGCUUACUGGCUGGUGAACUCGGUCAAGGUCUACUCCCGAAACAAAUAA